AUGGAGCCGCAGCGACACAAAUACGAAAACAUCCAGCUCACCAGUGAUGAUCACGAUGAGUCCAGCACUGAAGUCGACGAGUCUCUAAUGGGUGACGAGAAGCAAUGGGACGGUGAACACAUGCAAAGCCUGAGCAAGAGACAAAGGCGGAGCCGACUUCUCUCUGCCCUGAGCUCCUGCAGGUGGAUCGUCGACACACUACUGUUGCUGGUUAUCCUUGGGCUCUUAGUCCGGGAGCAGCUGCGAAAGAGGCCGGUCAAUCCGUGGGACUUUACAGGCGAUAUGACAGGGGUUGGGCCAAGAUUCUCGCAACAGAUUACGAAGUUCUCCCCCGAUCAAUCAUACGCGCCCGACAAUACCUCAGAAUUCUUCAGGCCCGAGGUCUUGGACAAAUGGAAUGCCCUCAUGCCUAAGGGCAUGGGUUUCGUCUGGGUUAACGACACCAAAAAAUACCAUGAUCUACCGACUCCAAUCGAUUGGCCGGAUAAGACUGUUUUCACGACUUCGUUGACACAUCAACUACACUGCUUAUACGCCAUGGUGCAGACAUAUUCUGGCCUCACAUCAAAUACAACCGUACCAGAUGACCAUCACUGGCAUAUGAUUCACUGCUUUGACUACCUACGGCAGUCUAUUAUGUGUUGCGGCGACAUGGCGCUUGAGGGCCAUGAAACAACUUCUCCGAAAUUCAUGGGAGGCUCUGAUGGAUGGGAUGCCAAGCACGUUUGCAAGGACUACAACCAGGUUAAGGGUUAUCUUGAGAGUGUGAGGGCGUAUGAUGAUCAGUUGAUUUAUUAG